AUGUCUUAUGGUGGAGUUGCUACUGAUGUAAAUGGCAACUUUACGUUCAAUGUAAUGGCUACCUACAGUUGUGACACUGGGUUUGCUCUGGUUGAUAACAGCUCAAGGAUUUGCACUGGAGACGGGAUGAGUGUCAAUGGUGGCUUUAAUGGAACAGCUCCAACUUGUGACCCUAUAACCUGCCCUGCUGUGGCAGCGCCUAGUAGUGGCAGUAUUGACUUUGGUGGAGCCUCAUCUGAUGGAAACAGCAACUAUGCUUUUGAUAUGGUAGCUAAUUACAAUUGUGAUAAUGGAUUUUCUCUGAUUGGUAAUAGCUCGAGGACGUGUACUGGAGAUGGCGGUAGCACUACUGGUGCUUUUGAUGGAGCAGCUCCAACUUGUGAACCUAUAACUUGCCCUGGUGUGCUCAUACCAAACAACGGUACUAUUGACUUUGGUGGCGCCUCACAUGAUGAAAAUGGCACCUAUAUUUUUGCUGUGGUGGCUACCUACAGUUGUGACACUGGGUUUGCACUGGUUGGUAACAGCUCAAGGACUUGCACCGGAGAUGGGAUGAGUGUCAAUGGUGGCUUUAAUGGAACAGCUCCAACUUGUGACUCUAUAACCUGCCCUGCUGUGGCAGUGCCUAGUAAUGGCAGUAUUGACUUUGGUGGAGCCUCAUCUGAUGGAAACAGCAACUAUGCUUUUGAUGUGGUAGCUAAUUACAAUUGUGAUAAUGGAUUUUCUCUGGUUGGUUAUAGCUCGAGAACGUGUACUGGAGAUGGCAGUAGCACUACUGGUGCUUUUGAUGGAGCAGCUCCAACUUGUGAACCUAUAACUUGCCCUGGUGUGCUCAUACCGAACAACGGCAAUAUUGACUUUGGUGGCGCCUCACUUGAUGAAAGUAGUACCUAUAUUUUUGCUGUGGUGGCUACCUACAGUUGUAACACUGGAUUUUCUCUUGUUGGGGAUAACACAAGGACUUGCACUGGAGAUGGCAGUACCACUACUGGUUCUUUUGAUGGAGAAGUACCAACUUGUGAAGUCAUUACCUGCCCUCCUCUGAACGAUCCUUCCAAUGGCACUGUGACUUACAAUGUUGAGAGUGAGUUUGGAACGCAGGCAAUAUACAGUUGCGACAAUGGAUUUUCUCUGGUUGGUAAUACGACCAGGACUUGUACUGGAGAUGGCAGUAACACUACUGGUUCUUUCGAUGAAGAAGCACCAACUUGUGAAGUCAUUACCUGCCCUCCUCUGAACGAUCCUUCCAAUGGCACUGUGACUUACAAUGUUGAGAGUGAGUUUGGAACGCAGGCAAUAUACAGUUGCGACAAUGGAUUUUCUCUGGUUGGUAAUACGUCCAGGACUUGUACUGGAGAUGGCAGUAACACUACUGGUUCUUUCGAUGAAGAAGCACCAACUUGUGAAGCCAUAAUGUGCCCUGCUCUAAGUGACCCAAUAAAUGGUAAAAUAGAGUAUGAUGAUGGAGAUACUUCUACUAACAACAAUCAACUCCGACUGGUUCCUUUUGGUACGAUGGCCACCUACACUUGUGUCUUUGGUUUUACUCUGAUGGGUAAUGACAUAAGAACGUGUACUGGAGAUGGCAGUAGCACUACUAGUGCAUUUAGUGGAAUUGAUCCAACUUGUGAACGUGAGUGAUACCUCAGUCUGACCAAAUAUGUUUUGUUUCAGCUUACUAACCAACUUUCCCUAAAUUCAAUUAUGCAGCCAUAACAUGUCCUCCUUUGAUGAGCCCAACCAAUGGCUUGGUGUCUUAUGGCGGAGUUGCUACUGAUGUAAAUGGCAACUUGUUAUUUAAUGUAAUGGCUACCUACAGUUGUGAAACUGGGUUUGCACUGGUUGGUAACAGCUCAAGGACUUGCACCGGAGAUGGGAUGAGUGUUAAUGG